GUGAAGUAUGGGGGGAUGUUUGCUAAUGUAGAGGGGGCUUAUGAGAACAAGACUAUAGAUUUCGAUGCAUAUAGCGUGGGUAAGAAAGGAUCCCGCACCCCUAGGAGUGGCAGCAGGCCGGACAUGGAUGGGGAUAAUUUUAGUGAGACAGCCAGUGAUGUGAGUGAGAUCUCUGGAUCUGUCUUGAGCUCCCCCGGGGACCGGGAGGAUAGGACCCCAGGCAUCGAGAUCAAGUACUCCACAGGCAAGGAGCUGCUGCAGGGUCAGGACAAUGGCAAGAGUGAUCGACUUCUCAUAAAAGGAGGGAGAGUCAUUAAUGAUGAUCAGUCUUUCUAUGCAGAUGUUUACCUCGAAGAUGGCAUUAUAAAACAAAUAGGAGAGAAUUUGAUUGUACCUGGCGGAGUGAAGACUAUUGAAGCCAAUGGUCGCAUGGUCAUUCCUGGUGGUAUUGAUGUAAACACGUAUCUUCAGAAGCCAUACUUGGGUAUGACAACACUCGAUGACUUCUAUCAAGGAACAAAAGCUGCUGUUGCUGGAGGGACCACCAUGAUCAUUGAUCAUGUUGUUCCUGGUACUGGAUCAACUCUCUUGACCUCUUUUGAGAAGUGGCACGAGAUAGCUGACACCAAAUCCUGCUGUGAUUAUUCUCUUCAUGUGGACAUCACUAACUGGUAUGAUGGAAUCAGAGAAGAACUGGAUAUUUUAGUCCAAGACAAAGGUGUUAAUUCAUUUCAGGUGUACAUGGCUUACAAAGAUCUAUACCAAAUGUCAGAUAGCCAGCUGUAUGAAAUCUUUACAUUCCUUAAGGAACUUGGUGCUGUUAUCUUGGUCCAUGCUGAAAAUGGAGAUUUAAUAGCUCAGGAACAGAAACGGAUAUUAGAUAUGGGAAUAACUGGACCAGAAGGACAUCCUCUCAGCAGACCUGAAGAGCUUGAAGCUGAAGCUGUAUUCCGGGCAAUUACUAUAGCAAGUAGAAUUAACUGUCCUGUUUACAUAACCAAAGUCAUGAGUAAGAGUGCUUCCGAUGUUAUUGCACUAGCAAGAAAGAGAGGUGCUUUAGUUUUUGGGGAGCCUAUUACUGCAAGUUUAGGGACAGACGGUACUCACUACUGGAGCAAAAACUGGGCGAAGGCUGCAGCGUUUGUUACAUCACCUCCACUCAGUCCAGACCCUACCACACCAGAUUAUCUCAACUCCCUAUUAGCAUGUGGAGAUCUGCAGGUUACAGGAAGCGGACAUUGCUCUUACAGCACAGCUCAAAAAGCUAUAGGAAAGGAUAAUUUUACUUUAAUUCCAGAAGGUGUUAAUGGUAUUGAAGAGAGGAUGUCUAUUGUCUGGGACAGAGCUGUGGCAAUGGGUAAAAUGGAUGAAAAUCAAUUUGUUGCAGUCACCAGUACAAAUGCUGCCAAAAUCUUCAACUUGUACCCAAGGAAAGGUCGAAUUGCAGUGGGCUCGGAUGCUGAUGUGGUUAUUUGGGAUCCAGACAAGAUUAAAACAAUUUCUGCAAAAAGUCACAAAUCAGCUGUAGAAUAUAAUAUCUUUGAAGGAAUGGAAUGUCAUGGUGCUCCUCUUAUAGUCAUCAGCCAAGGCAAGAUUGUUUUUGAGGACGGAAACUUACAUGUCAACCAAGGCAUGGGGCGAUUCAUUCCUCGAAAACCCUUCCCAGAAUACAUCUACCAGCGUAUAAAGAUCAGGAACAAGGUAACAGGGUUGGAGCCUGUAUCCAGGGGGAUGUAUGAUGGGCCAGUGUAUGAAGUUCCUGCAAUGCCAAAGUAUGCAACUCCAGCGCCAUCUGCCAAAUCCUCUCCCUCCAAGCCCCAGCCCCAGCCCCCUCCUAUCAGGAACCUUCACCAGUCUAAUUUCAGCUUAUCAGGUGCCCAGAUAGAUGACAGUAAUCCUCGCCGCACGGGACAUCGGAUUGUAAAUCCACCUGGUGGCCGCUCUAAUAUCACAAGCCUUGGGUGAUAAAACAAUGUGAAGAAGGAUAUGUGAUCACUGGAACCAUGUUCCUUUCUGUGUCAGUGUUAAUGAGCCCACAAUUUUUUUUUGGUACUAAUGAAAAAUGGUCUGUUUUUUAUAGAACGAGGUGGUCAUGAUGUGGUAAAAUGCUUGGAGAUACUUGCCUCACACUUGUGCAUAAUCACCAUAAAGGGACACAGUCAUAACCUCAAAACCUUAAGUGAGUGUUCUCCCAUGUUCAGUGAAGCCCUUUGAU